GUGUUAAGUCAUAUCAGGAAGUGCGAUGCUGUGACAGUACAGAAGGAAACGUGCGCACAAUGGCACAAUGUCUGCCUCUUGGAUUGGUAACAUGAGCACCCCGAGGGUGAAGGUCCCUCUGCUCCUGCUGCUGCUGCUGACCACUGUGCUGUCUGGGACAGGGUUUGGCCAGAAAGAAAUGGAAACGGAACAAAGCGGGUCAGGCAAGCUGGUGAAUGAGACAGUAACCACAGUUGUUACUGACACCAGAAUAGUCAUCAAUCGGACCAGUUCAAAUAGGACUCUGUACGAAGGCAAUGCCUCCAGUAGUGUUGCCACAUCAAUAGAUAAAAACUCCAUGAAUGAAACUGAAUCACCAGGCCUGGACCCCAUCAUUAUCAUUAUCCCUGCAGUGCUGGUGGUCAUAAUCAUCUGCAUGAUAGUUUGUGGCAUUUUCAUCAACCGCAGGUGGAACAAACAAAAGAGAAAUCCAGACCUGAGUAAAGAAGAUCCAUAUUUGGAUGGAUCCAGUACAGAGAAGGUGCCGAUGCCGAUGUUUGAAGAGGACGUGCCCUCUGUACUUGAGCUCGAAAUGGAAGAGUUGGAUGAGUGGAUGAAAAAGGAUGGUGAAACUGCAGAGGACUCUAAACGUCUGUAACUGAAUUUAAGGUUAAAGGAGACACCGUCAACACAAUGCAAUAAUGCCAGCACUGAUGUUUGAACCUCCUCCACCAGCAAUAAUCCAGCCAUGUGACUGUCUGGAAACAACAACACUUAACACUCAUUUUUACAAUUUUGUUGGAAAACAGCAUCAAAAAUUCAACCUCAAAUUUUUUCUAAUGCAACACCUCUGAUAGCCGUUAGUGAACAGCAGCAUAUAACAACCGAACCAAAACAGUCUCUCUGUGAUCCGUUUUACACCCCAUGGUGUUCUGCUUUAAUAAGCUGCCAGGUACAUGUACAGUAUUUUAUGGCUCAUAAUGUAGUAACUGAUGAUGUUACAAUUAGGUCAAUAUCUCUCUCCUCUCCAUCAUAGAUUGCACUGUUCUUUGUUUCUGCUUAUGGCUUUUUCCUAAGCUCAAAGCCAUUUUGUUGCAUUACACUAUGAGUCCCUCCAGCUGGAGGUUUUAAAGGGGAGAUAUCCAGCUGAAUGCAUGACAGAGAAGCAACUUUUUUAAGUGUUUCGUUUGAAAUCUCAAAGCCUGUUUCUAAAGCUUUGGAUAAAUUAUUUCCCGUCAUCGAAGCAGCUCUCAGAAAGCUGCACCCGAUAAGAUUUUUAUCUCUCCACAGAUAACAAAUAACUUGUUGACUGAACACUUUAUAUCCUUUUCUUUGUCUUUGAAAGUGUUGAAUCAAAGCAGUUGUAACAUUGAUCCAAAUGUGAGCUCUACUUUCUUAUAGCGUCAGUCAGUAUUGUGCAGGAUCCUGCACUGUAAAUAUGAGAAUACAGUAUACCAAAAGACGUUUGUACAUAUUUCAUAAAGGCACUUGUGUCAUUGAUUUGCUGAUGGUGCUUUAAGUAAAAUUUCAAUAAAUAAGACCUUGCUAUAAAA